AUGCAAAGUACGGGAUUAAACGUGGACUCAGUUCAAGAAGGGGAUGGUUAUAUUCAUCAGAUAAAUCAUCAAAUCUCAGAGAACCAACUAAGUUUUGACUUUUGGAAGCAAAGAAUGAAAGCAAGUUGGAUAAAGUUUGGGGAUUGUCCUACUCCCUUGAUGUAUAGGAGGGUGAAGCAGAGACAAUUAAAUAAUGAGAUCCUAACUUUGAAAAAUGAGAAUAAUUUGUGGGUGGAAGGGCAAAAAGAGGUGGAGGAGGUGGUUCUUUCGUUCAUAAAAAAGGUUUAUGACUUGGUGAUCCCAGAUAAUCACGGGGAAGAAGUUGAUCUUCUUCUAAGGGAAAUGGAUAUCCCCUCUAUUUCAUUAGAGGAUCAACAUUGGCUGGACAAACCUUUCACUGAUCAAGAAAUCAAAAAUGCAAUGUUCAAUAUGCACAAAUCAAAGUCUCCAGGGCCAGACGGGUUCACUGCUGAUUUUUUCCACCUAUAUUGGAAAGAUGUAGGGCAAUUGGUAACUGAUAGUGUUCACCAAUUUCUGAAAUCAGGAAACAUGCUGAAGGAAUGUAAUCAAUCCCUUCUGGUGUUAAUUCCAAAGGUUAAAGUUCCAGAAGCAGCAAACCAAUUCAGACCAAUCAACCUAUGCAAUACAGUGUAUAAGUGUAUCUCAAAAUGUCUGGUCAACAGGAUUAAGGUAAUUCUUCCAAAACUGAUAUCUGAGAACCAAAAUGCCUUUAUUCCAGGAAGAUACAUGGAGGAUAAUGUGCUUCUAAGCCAUGAGCUUAUGCAUCUGAUAAAUUCAAGAAAGGGAUCGAACUAUACUGCAGUGAAGAUUGAUAUGUCAAAAGCAUAUGACAGAGUUGACUGGGUUUUCCUCCUUAAGGUUUUGCAAGCUUAUGUAUUCUCUAACCACUUGAUAAGAAUGGUUUCACAGUGUAUCUCAACAGUAAGUUUCAAGGCUGUCAUCAAUAGGAAAACUACAGAUCACUUCUCACCUAAUUGUGGUCUUCGACAAGGGGAUCCGCUAUCCCCGUAUCUGUUUAUCUUCUGUAUGGAUAUCCUUUCAAGGAUGCUGACGUUGGCAGAAGAUAUAAAUCAUCUUAAGGGGUUAAGUGUGUCAAGGAGAUCUCCUUCUAUUUUGCAUUUAUUUUUACGGAUGAUGCCAUGCUUUUCUUUAAAGCAAAUGAGGCUUCUUGCACUUUCAUCAGGGACAUUCUUCACAGGUUUUGAUACCAGUAAGCGAGACUCUCUAAAAAGGAUCCUUUCUAUGGCCGAGACUGAUAACAUGGGGAUUCACCUAGGAACCCCGAUUGAUAUCCAGGGAAAGAAGAGCUCUUCAUUUCAAUUCCUGGUUGACAAGGUGUCAGAGAAGAUUGUCUCUUGGGCCUCUUUACACAUAUCACAAUCAGCCAAACUGGUUUUAAUCAAUACGGUGUUGGCAACAAGGAUGCACCUGAACCCACAGCUUUUUCUCUCAAGAGUCCAUAAAGGGUUCCAACCGUGUGGGAUAUGCAAUAUGUCUAAGCCUUACGCAAGAGUAGGUUAUCCUUCAUUGGGAAGGUUAAGUCUACAGAAAGUAACUAGCUCUUUCAGGGAAGGUUUUGUGUGGAAAGUGGGUAAUGGGGAAAGCAUCAUGGCUAUUAGAAUGCCUUGGGUCAAUGGGGAAAUUCCAGUGGCAAACUCGAAUCAAACUCUAGGAUUUUCGCUUCGAUGGAAGGUUAGUGAUUUCAUUGACAAGGACUCUGCUUCUUGGAAAGUGGGAAAAGUUAGAGAAUGUUUUGAAUGGAAUAGCGCAAAAGCAAUCCUGGCAAUGGAUCUUCCCUGUUCUUUGAAGGAUGACUUCCUCUACUGGAAAUUCCAUCCGUCAGGUAUAUUCUCUGUUAAAACUAGUUAUUACUUUCUGGCUAGGAACAGGGGGGCAGGGCUCUUAGCCUUUUCCUUGGAAGAACAGAAAUUUGUAAAGCUUAUUUGGAGAAUGAAUAUCCAGCCGAAAUGGAAGGUUUUUCUGUGGAAGCUCUUUCAUGAUGGACUUGCGGUAAAGAGUAAUUCAGCUAAAAGAGGCAUACAAGUUAAUGAGAUCUGUGAGUUUUGUGGAGUGGAUGAGGAAGACAAUCAACAUCUUUUUAAACUAUGUAAUCUAGCAAAGGAGGUCUGGGAGAAUGGCUCCCUAGCAAUUUACUCUGACUCUCCUGGAUUCAAUUAUUUAAGAAAGUGGAUCCAGCACUAUAUCCUGUUGUUCUAUAGCGAGGAUGGUAAUUAUGGAACCCGUAGAAAUAAGUUUAUUGCUACCUUAUGGGGCCUAUGGAAAACUAGGAAUGCACGAGCUUCAACAAUGCCAAUGGGGGGGCUAGUUUGGUCACAAAAUUUAUCAACUUGUCCAUGUAGGACCAUGAGACUUUCUGCAAGAUGUAAGGGUAUUGGAGCAAUGAGGUUAACAACUCUAGGGAAAAUUGUCAACCCCCCCCCCCCCCCCCGGGGUUUCAACGCUGUUCAAUUAGGAAAAGAAAGAACUGGUUUCGAUAGCUUCAUUGUAAGCGUGGAUGGUUCGUGGGACAAGAUAACAACAAGAGCAGGGAUUGGUUGGGCUGUCAUGGGGGGCGACAAUGGGGAUGAGGGUAGUGAAGGGGGAAAAUAUGGAGUGGCAACUUCGGCUCUACAUUUUGAGGCAUGGGCUUGCUUGGAGGCUAUGAAAUGGACAAGGGCAAAGGGUAAGCAAGGGAUCCUCAUCCUUUUGGACUCCAUUGGUCUAAUCAACAAUCUUCAAAGUGAAUUAGGUAAGGAUGUUUUGAUCACCUGGUUAGUGAAGGAAAUUAAGGAAGUGGGUGCCUCCUUUCAGAGAAGCACAAUUAUAAAGGUUCAAAGAGACCAAGUUCAAAGGGCAGACGAUAUUGCUAGAAAAUGUCGGGCUACCCUUUCGAAUUAUUAG